AUGAGCAGCGAAACAAAAUACGUGUUGCAAUUGAUGACUGAUGUUGAGAUGAAACCAAGUCAUGUUAUUGAUUUUUUAGAUGAAGCAUGUGCAGGGAGUGAAACACGUCUAUUUAAUCGGAAAGACGCGUACAACUAUCUGAAUGGGGUAAGGUUGAAAAGGAUUGAAGGAGGUGAUGCGAACACUGUGUUGGGUCUACUGAACGGCAUGAAGGUAAAUGAUAAAUCAAUUGAGUACCAGCACAGUGUCGACGCAAACAAUGCACUUACAAGAAUCUUUUGGUGCGACGGGAUUUCAAGAGCCGAGUAUGAACAUUUUGGUGAUGUUAUUCUAUUUGAUAGCACCUACAAGACCAACAUCUAUAGGUUUCCUAUAGUGUUGUUAUCUGGAGUCAAUUCUCAUUUGUGCACUUGUAUUUUCGGAGUUGCUAUUAUGUACAAGGAGACGACUCAACAAUACACCUGGUUGCUACAAACGUUUCAAAAAUUCAUGAACGGAAUAGCACCCGCAGCUGUUUUGACGGAUCAGGAUGCAGCAAUGUGCGCAGCCAUUAGAGAUGUUUUUCCUAAAGCAACUCAUCGGCUUUGUUACUGGCAUAUUUCACGUAAUGCCGAAACUAAUAUAAAAAUUCCAGGAUUCUCAACAUGUUUUUCCAAGCUAAUGAAAAGUACAUGCUCUGUGGCCCAAUUUGAAGCUAGAUGGUCUACAUUGAUUGCUAAGUUCGGUGUUGCCGACCAUCCAUGGAUACAAGACAUAUACUCAAAACGACAUUUAUGGGCAGAAGCAUUUUUUCGAGGCAAGUUUUUUUCUAUGAUGAGAAGCACCCAACGUGCAGAGUCAAUGAACGCUUCACUGAAACAGAAAGUGAGUUCUGGUUGUAGCCUUACAGAUUUGUUUAGGCAGUACAACAAUAAUUUCUUGAAGAGGAUUCGAAAGAGGUUUCACGUAUUGCAGAAGGAAUCUGAGAAUCCACCAAGAGAAGUGAAGCGUACAGGCUUAUUAAGCGGUCUUGAGAACCAUGCCGGUCGCGUAUGCACUAGAGCCAUAUUCGAUUAUAUACAAAAGGAGCUGAAGGAGGAGGCAAACAUAAUUGUACUCAACUAG